AUGGCGGAGAGAAUCGAGCCGACAAUGCUGGACAAGCUCCUCUUCGCGCCUGUACUGGCAAAAGUGCUUGUGGCCACCAUCCUGAGAGCAGUCACAUUGCCACUGACAGCUUUCACCGGAGGAUCAAGAGCCAACCAGCCGAUGAAAGACAUCGUCUUCGCAGCCCUCCGCACGCAACUUUCGUCCAUCAACGCUGCCCAGGAACAAUGGACUCUUGCCACCACAACUGAGAAGAACUACCUGGACUUUGCUGGGAAACAGAAGUUCCAACCUGAAUCCACUGUCUUGAACUCAGGACUGCGAUUGCACUGGCUAGGCCCCAAGACUUCGGAGAAGGUCAUUGUGUUCUUUCAUGGAGGCGGUUAUGUAGUGCCGUGUACCGAUGGACAUAUGAAGUGGCUGCUGCAUCUUCAGACGGAGCUUUCGAAGAAGACGAGCACGAGCACGAGUGUGAUAGUGGUAGGAUAUACGCUUGCGCCACGUGGGCAGUUUCCGAAGCAGCUGCAGCAAGCCGCCGAAACACUGGCGUGGCUGGUGGGUAAGCAGGAGAGACGGCCGAGAGAUAUCAUCCUCAUGGGCGACUCAGCUGGCGGCAACAUGACCCUCUCCCUCCUCUCACACCUAAUACACCCCCACCCCGACGCCAUCAAAAUAACCCUCACCGAACCCCUGGCAACCUCAAUCCUCAUCUCCCCCUGGGCCCGCUUCGACAGCGACUACGACAGCUGGAAACGCAACGCUACAAGCGACAUGAUCCCACCCGCCGGCACACACCGCUGGUCCUCCCUCUUCCUCGGCCCCAAACCCGCCAAUCCCUACAGCGAGCCCUGGCGCGCGGACGAGAAGUGGUGGACAGGCCUUGACAAGGUCACGAGUGAUGUGCUUGUGUGGGGCGGUUCAGCGGAGGUGCUGGUUGAUAGUAUUGAGGAGGUGGGAGGGCAGUUGAAGUCGGCGCAUCCGAGGACUGAGGUUGUUAUUCAGAAGGGUGCAAGUCAUGAGGAUUUUAUUGUGGAUGUGUUGUUGGGGUAUAAGCAUAAAGCGGAGGGGACGAAGGUUAUUGAGAGUUGGCUCAGUGAGAGGAUUUGA